AUGACGCGUGUGAACAUCUCCUCGCAACCCGUCCGCGAAACUCUCUGCUCAUCGCUGCCGCCGGAGAUAUGGAUCAAUAUCUUCCGCUUCUCCCACGACCUCGCGCACCUCUGGCACACGUGCCGCCGCAUCUCGCCUACCCUGAAAGCAUGCGCCGAACGCGCAGUUGGCGAAUAUUUCCUCGGGCAUGUUCGGAUUGAGUUCAUGUUGGACAGGCACAAUCUAGGCGGCAAGAGAGGGCCGCACGAGCCCGCUAUCACGCUUGAGUUCGAGCGCUUGGGCAAGGGGGAUGAUGCGUGUGUUGCCUACUUUUCCGGUCAUUUUCGUGGCCACAGGAUUGUGGAUGCUGGGAUGCGGGAUAAGACCAAGGCUGUUAUUAUGCAGCGGUGGCACGAGAAUGUCAAAAGACGCAAGCCUGAGCUGCCCAAUUACACAAUCAGCAUCGGCGAUGCCGUCAACGAUACGCAUAUUCCAGGGCUUGUCAUUGACAAUGACGACUAUAAGAUGCAGCUCAGUUGGAAGAACAUGCUAGAGCUGUUCUUCCGCGAGCAGGCAAGGCAAGAGCAGCUGAAGGUGAUUUGGGAGGAUCAGCACCCCUCCCGCCAUCAAGCCGCGUCGACGCGCAAGUCACAAGGAGCCAAGUCGUCGUCGACAAAACCCACGUCAUCAUGGCAACAUGUCGAGUCCGAUACGCGGAGAACUAUCAGGCGUGCGCGACUGAGAGGGCACUACCACAACAACGCCGAGAUGCUGUGGGCCAUUGACUCGCUCAAGUACUUCGAAAACGCCGACUCGACAAAGUGGAGCUCAAUGUCUCCUCAAAUGCUGCCGCAUCUACCCGGCGCCGGCCUCGGUGAGCGAUGGUUCGGCAGCACAAAUGUCGUGCAAGAGCUGUAUCUCGAUGAGUGCAGCAGUAUGAACAGAAUCGACACGCAGAUGAAAAUCUUGAGUAAGGAACAGGGUGGUUGA